AUGCGCCAACCCUUCCGACGAGCAUCCCUCUACGUCACCCUGCUGCUGAUAACCGAGGCUGUGAUCGGAUUCCUGUUCCUGGUGAUUAGCGCCUACUACCACGUCCUGCUUACCAGCUACCUGGAUGAGAUUGAGACCAGACUCGUCUUAGGCUACGUGUUCGGUUUGUACAUGUACGGUGCCCAGCUUGUGGUGACCUUUCUGGUUAGCAUCUCCAUGUGGCGGCGACUAUGGAGGAGGCGAUGUACGCCAAACGUCCACCUGAUCCUAGCCGUGUGGCUCUUCUACUCCUGCGUUAUCAUAGCCUCCGGAUUCGGUUGUGUUUGGAACCUGUACCGAGGAGUCGACGUACUGGAGAGUGCAGCCGAAACAUCUUUAAUCCGAGGUAUCGACUUGUACUACUCGUUUCCGGAGUGGAAACUGCUCUGGGACGGUUUGCAGUGGCACAAGGAGUGCUGUGGUGUUCAUGACUACAAGGACUGGAUGAAUGCAGAUUGGAUGCCCCGUCAGGAGGAUAACUGUUCGUUGACAAUCCUUGCUCCAUAUGCCUGUUGCAAACGAUCCUGCGAGAGCUGCUACACUAACUAUUCACCUGGAGGAGGGAUUUCCGAAGGCAGGCCAAUCCCUGCCCUCACAGUGGACUCGAUUAACACGAAUGGGUGUCUGCCGGUAUUUAACGGAGCUGUUACGAAUUUUGUCUAUAUUCUUCUAGCUCUGUGGGCUUUAUCCUUGAAGUUUCUAAUAAUGCUUUGCUGCAUCAGCAAGUAUAUUCUUAAUCGGCAGAACCAAGGUGAUGGGUGCGACAAUGUUGGACUUUCAGAUGAUGAUGGACAUCCGCUGGUCGUAGUGAAAUAUCCAUGUAAUGUGCGCUGUGUUACUAUUGGCGAGGACGAUCUGGGAUCAGAUAUCGCUCCCAAUUAUUGCAAUUGCAAUGAGGUGGAUGAAGAUCACUGCGAAGAAUACUAAGCUAUUAAUUGUUUGAUUUCAAUUUAUAUAUUUUAUAUUAAUUUUAACAUUU